AUGGAAGUAUCCAAUGAGAAACAAGCUAUUGCAAUUGCUGAUUUAGGUGUCGAUCAGCUUACUCAUUUUCAGCGACAACUUGAUCAGGAAAUUGCUUUCCUCACCGAAUCUUUAAAGGGACUGAAGAUUUUCGAGUCGAAGUUUAUCGCAAGCGAAGAAUCAGUGAUAAAUGCAGCAAAAGUUCCUAGUGAUGGAGAAAUUUUGGUGCCAUUAACAGAGUCGGCAAAUUUUCAGAUGUAUAUUCCUGCAAAAGUAGUUGAUCCAAAGAAUCAUUUGAUUGAAAUAGGUACAGGAUAUUUUGUGGAAAUGGACACAGAAAAGGCGGUGGAUUUCUUCCGCCGGAAGCAAGGUUUCUUGAAGAAGCAGAUGGAAGUGAUAGAGGGAGUAUUACCCGAGAAAUAUCGAGCUAGAAAUGCUAUUGUCGACAAUUUGCAGAAGAAAAUAAAUGUGUAUUGUUCUCAGGUUCAAAUGAAUAAUGUGAAUACUAAAAAAUAA